AGCGGGCAGCCGCCCGGCACCACUCCAGGGCCCCCGGGACGGGGUCCAGCUCCGGCCCAAUCACCUCCCCCCCCCCCGCCGCCCGCGAGUUGCCUCCCGUGCGCGCGCUCCCCGGCUCGCCCUCGCCCCGGACCGGGGGGGGGUGUCUCACUCCGCAGCCGAGGAGGGCUCGCCUGCCUCGGCCGGGCUGGUUCCGCCGGCGCGCCCAUGCCGCCAGCAGCCGCAGCGCCGCGCUCCCCCCGGGGCGGCCCAGGGCCCGGCGGCCGAGCGCGCCUCCCUGCCGCCCCCCGGCCCGGCUCGCUGGGCUGCAGCCGCCGCUCCGGAGCGCCCGCGGCGGGGGGCGCCAAUGCCAGUCGCGCGGCGGCCCUGCUCGGGACCCCCGGCCGGCGGCGGCAGGUGCGCCUCCAGUGGUGUGGGGCACCAUCGGCUCCUGUCCUACUUCUUUGACCUCACCAGUUCCACAUACCCUUGGGUAUUCCCCUGGUGACAUGGGCCGUGUUUCGCAGCCAGCUGUUCCUUUCCGGCAGCUCGCAACGAGAAGAGUCUUGUGGCUUAGUGACUAAAGGGAACCUCCACAUUCAGAGGCAGUCGGCCUCUGAAUCCCAAGACCAAGAGGCAACGUCAGGGAAAGGCCUCGGCCUCUGUGCCCUUUUGUUGGCUCUCACAAGAUGGUGCUCGCCCAACAGUUGUCUGCGGGGCUCCCUAAGGGGCAGAGAAGUUGCAAGAGGUGUCUGUUUACUGAGUAGAUGCCCAGUUAUCCAGAUGCCCCAACAUGCCUUUUCUGGACUGGUUCUUUUACCACUCAGUGGCCACGUGGCUGCUUCUCCAGAGCUUCAUCCUGAUAGCCUUUUGCUUCCACUCAGCCACCACCUUUCCCAAGGGCUGCUACCCAUCCAGCGAAGACGGUUUGAAAACUUUCCGUUGUAGCAAAGCUCAGCUUACGAUUAUCCCGAAGGAUAUACCCAACGACACCAACAAAUUGUUCCUGGAUUACAACCAGAUCUCUUUCCUACCCAAUGAUGCCUUCCAGAACUUGCCGCUUCUGAUGGAGUUAGACUUGUCUCACAAUGUCAUCAGCCGGGUAGAGAUUGGGGCUUUCCGGGGCUUGCCGGAAAAUCUGCAUUCUUUGGACUUGUCUUCUAAUAAGCUGGUGUCAGUCAACAAGGACGUCUUUAACCCACUUAAAGCCAAAGCCAACCUGUCCAGCAAUCCCUGGCUAUGUGACUGCACUCUCCAGCAACUCAUAGAGAGGGUAGAACUAGUUGCUGGCACUUCCGAUGGCAUCUUGUGUGAUGCAUCUGUGCGGAAGGAACACAUCGGCAAGCCGUUCCUACAACUUGUUGGGGAUGUAGACUUCUGCAACAUCUAUAAAAAGACCACAGACAUUGCCAUGCUGGUCACCAUGUUCGGCUGGUUCGCCAUGGUGAUCUCAUACCUGAUCUAUUAUGUCCGGCAAAAUCAAGAAGAUGCCCGACGUCACCUAGAGUAUCUCAAGUCCUUGCCCAGCAAGCAGAAGAAGUCAGAGGAGUCUUCGACAAUUAGCACUGUGGUUUGACCAAAAACAGUCUGUCCUCCUGAACUACCCCACCCAUGUCUUCAGAAAAUCAUAGAUCUGCUGGAAUAGAUGGGGAGGUUCUCAGUCUAAUUCUGGUGGAUCAUGCUGGAACGCACAAUGGCUGAAGAGACUGUUAUUCAAUGAAGAACAUCAAAGAACCCUACUGCGGGGAGGCAGAGCCUCGUUUGUAUAAAAUGCCUGCCUUAAUAUUUAGCUCUCAAACAUCGAACAACAAGCAUCAUGCCCCAGUUAAGAGCCAUGACUGAAUUCUUCGACAUACAAAAAAACGAGAGGUCGAAUCGACUGUUUCCCAGGCCUAUGGUAGAGACUCCGUCAUGCACUCACCUCGUAAAACACCUUCACCUGUCCCUCCUCCAAUGCUUGGGAUUAAAAACCUGGAGCUUUGCAUCCUGGGAUAUAUUCCCAUCAUGCAGUGCCCCAGAAGUAUGAUUGAGAGGGAGAAGGUUGUGCUCAAGCUCUGAUUUAGGACAAGUCUUAUAGGAGUACAACUAAAUCCUAUGUAUGCUGACUCAUAAGUAAGUCUGUCAGUCUUUAGUAGAGUUUACUUCUAAGUCUGUCUAUGCAGGCUGUAGCCUUAGAGGUUAUUUCAGGGCCUGAAGCACAAAAGCUGAAAAUAGUUUUAAUCUAAAGUAAUUACCAAGUACUGGGAGGCUGUCGGGCCUCUCAUUAAUGUGUAAGAUUAGAGAGGAAGAAACAAAUUACGCUGACCCGUUAAUGCUGAACGUUCAUCUUGAACGUGCUCUAACAGCACUGACUCUUCCCCUCUUAGGUCCUUUACAUUAGGACUUUUUUAAAGUAAUUCUUUUUAUUCUUUACAGAAAUCCAUUAGAACAUUAAGGAGGGGGGGGAAUCCACAUUUUGAACUUUCUGAAUUGUUCUGUCACAAUUUCUCCCUGCUGUUACAGAAGCCUAUUUCAAGAGUCUCUUGAAAGAUGGAAAAUCUGAGCUAAAGGAUGCUAUAAAAAUGGGGCUCAAAAAGGCAGGCAGAAAACCCCAGAUCCAACAAACAACAGGGACAUCUGAGGGCUCUGUGAUCCAUGUAGUGCUGGGGGUCACAUCCAAGCUUGGGCCCAGAACCUCUAAGGAGUGGCAUCUUACCUGCAUGCCUGGGUCAGCACAUUGCUGAUGGAGGUCUUUCAUCCCGUUUCCUACACUAGGGAUGGCAGGUUCCAAUAUCAAGUUGGUCCCAAUCAGUUUUCUGGUGAUGAAAAGGAGGAGUCACCUUUGACCAUCCAAAAAGGCUAUGCUGGAGAUUGUGGGACAUGCAUAGGCUAAAACCAUGUGAAACAGGCUGUAAUAAGUAGACGAACUGAGCGACUCGGAGUGAAAAAACUGACUGGAUCCAACUAAUGAAAACCUCUUUUUACAGGUGAAUUGCAUUACCUGGUCAGGGAGGGAUUGUGCUUAGGUUUUUUCUUAUUACAGGUGGCUGCAUCCUGACGGUAGUAAUCCAAGGCUCCCAAAAUGCCUGUCAUUCACAGAAUAUUUUUAUCAUUUUGCCGAAGUAACUUUUUAAUUUUUAAAAAAGCAACAGAAUUCCUAAGCAGAACCAUCAACUCGUAGCUGAAAAUAUUUGUAGAGGUGUUUAUAGGCAAAACAUCACCUUACUGAGAAAUAUAUAGCAUCUUUCAACAUUUUUGUGGGGGGGACAUGGUGACUUUCUUUUCCGACAUUUUCUGGACUGCAGAAAAAAAAAGAAAGAAAAUCCAAACAUAAUUUCAUUGGUUUUCAAACUGACUCUUUUAUAAGCGCUGUAGCAAUAGCUGGAUAUCCAUUUUGCUGGAAUGCCUCAUUUUUCCUCCAUGGAAGCGAUCAGAAUGAAAUGCAUAUGGACCAGUAGUAUAUAUAUGUGGCAAAACAUGACUUAUAGAAAACACAUCUACGUGUAAGGUAUAGAAUAGCAUAAUGGGGUCACGUUCUUGGAGACUUUUUUUUUUAAAAAAAAUGAAAACAGUUUCAGACCCAAGUUUGAAAAGAAUUUACCCAGGUUCCAGAAAUGUUCUUGUUUUCCUUCUGUUUGUCUGAACCAGAAAUAGAAAACUGCAAAACAAAGAGCCUGAGGAGCGGGGCCAUUUGUCUGUUGCUGUUGUUUUUUUUCCACUCAGGGGACUGGCCUACUCAUGUGAAUGGCGAGAUGUCGGAACAGUGAUGAAAAUCGGAUUUUGCAUUUUUUUUCUGGAACUCCUAUGAAGUCAUUGCAGAACUUUUAAGCUCUGCAGCUGAAAGUUUGCUCUGAACUCCAGAAUGACUUCACCGUUCUGUUCAUUCCAGUUCCUUCUUAUUUACAUCUCUUCUCCCAGGCAUCAGCUGUGACAACGCCUGCAAUCUCCAGAGAUCUUAAAUGCCCCUUACAGAUGGUGAGUAUUGCCGCAGCUGAGAUGCUCUCUUCCAGUUUAUAUGCGCUCACAUGAGUAGGCCACUGUUGUCAAUGAAGAAAGGAGUAAGAAAGGCUUGCAAUGGCCCAAGGCGAGAUGUACGACUGAUGGAAAGCGCCAUCCAAUCUGAUCUCUCUUGCUGUCCAACUUCGCACCAUCUGUAUACACCAAUGUGCCACAUGGAAGGGUCAUUUUUGUCAAGACUUUCCCGACUGCCGGAAGAAGUGAGCAUCGAGGACCUUAGGGCUGGGGAAGGUAUCUCUACUCAGUCCAGACUUUGAGGAUGUGAAAACUGCAAAUGGAGCUGUGGGCAAGAAACACGUCUGUAGCACACCCAAGACCUCAGAUGUGACCUGGACGCGCCCACCUGUAUUCCUCAUGUGCCUACCUGGUUUCUGCUUGGGGGGAACGAUGCCCUGCCAGGUUUCCAGACCAUCCAAUACUCUGCUCUGGCCCAAGAGGGGCAAGAGAUAGAGGUUCCAUCCACCUGCCAUACUCUCAAGUGCUCUUUAUUGAGAGGCGCCUCCUCCAGAGCUUUCGUAGUCUGGUGUUUUAAGGCAGGGCUUUCCUAUGGGUGGACGUUGUUUUUGCAAGUCCUACCUACUUUGUAGCAAAAUCGUUCCCCUCGUUCUCCAAGAGGCUCCUCCUCCUUCUGAUCCCUUGCCAAUAAAAGCCGAAAAGCCUUCUUUUAAAGAAAGAGAACCUACCAUCUGCUUAAAGGGGCGUUGGUCAUCGACAGUUUUAAUUUUGAGGACCCAGGAGUCAGCCGACCUUCCACUGUGACCGUGCGUUGAGGGAACACAGAAUUUUCGAAGGAAGGCCCUGUUGUACAAACUCUCUUUCUCCGCUGAUAUGCAGCCUUAUGCCUUGAGCUCUUCAAACUCAAUACCUCUUCUCUACAUUCCCAGAAUGCGGAACGACUUCUCCGUCGCAGUUUGGGCAGCCAAGCAGAGCUGCAUUCAGAGAAAACAGAGAGAAACCAAAAUGGGUGCCGAAAACCUACACAGAGUGCACAAAGUGGGUGGGGGUGGGGGAGAAUAUACCCAGCUAAUAAAAAUCUGUCCUGUUUUUUCAAAUGUUAUUUAACUUCUCCCAUGAAACAAGGCAAAUAAACAAAAAAGUUCCACAGGC